AUGCAGAAAGGUUGGAAGAAGUAUUUUGGACAGAAGCCGCUGAGCGAGGUCAACAUGGAUGACUACCUGGCCAGUUUGGGUUUAUAUAGAAAAAUUACAGCAAGAGACGCCUCUUGUCUAUUUAGAGCUGUUUCUGAACAGCUUUAUUACUCUCAGAAUUACCACCAGCACAUCAGGAAGGCAUGCGUCUCCUUUAUGAGGGCCAACAGAUGUAACUUUGAGCCUUUUGUUGAAGGGUCCUUUGAAAAGUAUUUGGAGCGGUUGGAAGACCCAAAGGAAACUGCUGGCCAGGUGGAGAUUAAAGCUCUUUCUUUAAUGUAUAAACGUCGCUUCAUAAUAUAUCGUUAUCCAGGGAAACCACCUACCGAAGUUGCUGAUGAUGAUUACAAAGAAAAGGUUGUGCUGUGCUGUUCUAACAAUGGCCACUAUGAUAAUGUGUAUCCAAAGCACUACCCUGCUGAUGCAGCAGUGUGCCAAGCUGUGCUGUACGAGGUCCUGUAUAAAGAUGUGUUUGGGAUCGAGGAGGAGGAGAUUCGUUGUGCCCUGGAUGUGUUCCACGGCAGUGGGGGGCGGCGGUACCGCAACAGCUCCUCAAUGUGCAGCGAGGACGCCAACUUCGAAACCAGUGACGAGAAGACCCACAAGAGCCCCGCAGAAAACAAGAAUAAGGAGGACUGGAAUGUGACUGAGGGUGGCAGUCCUUCUGAAGAGAAAUCCAAAGCCGGACCAGAAGAACAGAAGGUGAGAGACGUCCCAGCAAAGACAUCUUUUCCUUACAAAGUGCUGAAAGCUUUGGACCCGGAUAUCUACCGCAACGUUGAGUUUGACGUCUGGCACGACAGCAGGAAAGAGCUUCAGAAAACUGACUACAUGGUGUUUGCUGGGAGACAGUACUGCCUGGGAGACAAAUGUCAGGUUCGCUUGGAGCCCGGCGGAAAGUACUACAAUGCUUUUAUCCAAGAGGUUGGGCAUCACAGCAGUGCAGUCACGGUUUUUAUAGAGGAGCUGGGUGAAAAGCACCUUGUCCCUUUGACAAACCUGAAACCAGUCACCCAGGUUAACCCAGUGCCAGCCUGGAACAGUGCCCCAAACCGGAAAGGGGGGAACUACAACAGGAUGUCUGAUGGAUAUGCAGCGGAGCUCGACCACGACGUAAGGGGUCGCAGGCGUUUCUACAAGAAGACACGUGGGAAGGAGAUGUUCAUGGCCGUGGCGUACAGCAGGGGGCAGUCUGGACUCCCCCCGAGACUGCAGCACAACAUCCCUUCCGGCAGAUCCUCCCCAAUCCACAACCCCCCGGGCAGCACCAACAUGGCCCCCUACGAGCAGUACCGGCCACACCCCUCCAGCCAGCGGGCAGGCCGAGGCUACGGACCUCCCAGUUCAACACGCUUCGUUAAUAGACACCAUUUGGUUGGACCCGAGGUAGCGUACUACUCUAACCCAGGAAGGCGGUAUUACCAGAGCUUUGAUAACUACUCCUACAGGUCACGCCGGAGUCGCCAGCAGAUGCCCUGUGUGAAUAAAGAGUGCCAGUUCACCUUUGUACCUGACAAUGGGGAGGAGCCACAGGGCAUGGAUGGGACCAUCACCUUCUAUGAGCUAGAGGAGGGGGACGAGACUGCCUUCCCACCCCUGCCAGGACAAGGAGUUUCCCCUCCACUUGGCCCCCCUGCUGCCACCUUCUGGUUGAGAAGGGAACCCAGCCCCUCUGGAAAGCAGGCCUUGGCUUCAUCUGAGGAGGAUAUGGAUGAACGGAGCAACAGCGGUAAGCAAGGGGAAUAUCCUGAGGAUUAUAUUUACACUGAUCCAGAGGCUGGAUUCCAGAGUCCAUGUGUGUAUGCUGCUGCGGAGUCCACCACUGACCUGUCCAUUCAGGAAGGGGGGACUCAUGCUGGAUCAACGCAAGAUGGUGUUGCCACUUACAGUUACUCCCAGCAGGUUCUAGUGAACUCCUCAGUGAACUCCUCCAUGUCCUGUGUCAACGCUGCUUCGGCCACUGUGUUCACCUCCGGCUCCACAGCCAGCUCCCAGUCCCCCGCAGCCUCUCCCCAGUCUGCUGUGCAGCCAGUCAUUGUGUCCCCCCACCCCGUCACGCGACCAGUUGUGCUGACCCCCCUGUCCGUGUCGUACCCCCCGGGAGCCCCACUGUUUGUGAAUGAGUUGGGGGAGCCUGUGAACGCCCCCCCUCCCCCACCACCCUACUCCUGUGAUCCAAAUGGGAACGACCUCCCGAGAGAUUACAAGGUUGUCCAGUAUUACUUCAACAUGGGUGUGCAGUGGUAUCAUCAGAGCUACUGGAACCCCAUGGUGCAGAUGCAGCAGAUGUACCAGCAGUCUCCCACAGAGCAGUACCAGGGCUUCAGCAUGGCCCAGCCUAUGACAGAACAGUCUCUGCAGCAGCAGUACACAGAUGCUGGGAGAUCCAAUGACAAUAGGGGCCCUCCAGAGUCCUCUGCUAAUGGUUCUGCCCCAAAUGUGGAGGCUGCUCCAGUGUCUCAGGGGGCGGUCUACUACCCAGUCAUGACUGAGCAGUUCAACCAGCAACCUCUUCCCACCUACGAGCCUUGCAUCCCAAUGGUGCCUGCAUAUCACUAUGUAGCACCCUGGCCACCGGUGAACCAGCCACGCAUCCACGGCACGUUGUGUCCUACCACAGUUCAUCAGGUCAACUAUGUCGGCUCUCCAACCCCUCCUGCAUACUACAUCCCCCAGAACAUGUAA